AAGUCGAAUUGAUAUUUGCAGCCCUAUGCUGUGAUAACUGUGUCUAUGCUGUGAUAAUUAAAAAUGUCAGUAGCAUCUCCAGUAAAUCCCGCACUGACGUUGCAAAACAAACGCUGGAAUGGCUUGCGUCAUGUGCUGGAGCGCGAGGGGCUGUUUUGCAAGGACAACUUCACACCCUCGCCGGACAAUUUGGAAUUUCUGCAGACCAGCAGCAAAGUGCUGAUCAUUGGCGCCGGUGGCCUGGGCUGUGAGCUGUUGAAGGAUUUGGCAUUGAUGGGAUUUGGUGAUUUGCAUGUUAUCGACAUGGAUACCAUUGAGCUGUCCAAUUUGAAUCGUCAGUUUCUGUUCCGACGCUCGGAUAUUGGUCAGUCCAAAGCGGAGUGUGCUGCGCGUUUUAUUAACAACCGUGUGCCCAGUUGCAAAGUGACGCCGCACUUUGCCAAAAUACAGGACUUUGAUGAAAGCUUCUAUCAGCAGUUUCAUAUAAUUGUUUGUGGCCUGGAUUCCAUUGUGGCGCGUCGCUGGAUUAAUGGCAUGUUGCUUUCUAUGCUGCGCUAUGAGGAUGACAGCGUGGAUCCAGACUCAAUUAUACCCAUGAUUGAUGGUGGCACUGAGGGCUUCAAGGGCAAUGCACGCGUCAUUAUUCCCGGCUUUACGGCCUGCAUUGAAUGCACAUUGAAUCUGUUUCCACCACAGGUCAACUAUCCGCUAUGCACAAUUGCCAAUACACCGCGCUUGCCGGAGCACUGCAUUGAGUAUGUGAAGCUCAUACAAUGGGACAAAGAGAAUCCGUUCAGUGUGCCACUAGAUGGUGAUGAUCCUCAGCACAUUGGCUGGAUAUACGAGCGUGCCCAGGAGCGCGCAAAUCAAUUCAAUAUCAACGGCAUUACCUAUCGACUCGUACAGGGCGUCAUCAAGCAUAUUAUCCCCGCUGUGGCAAGCACGAAUGCCGUCAUUGCAGCUGCCUGCGCCAUGGAGGUAUUUAAGCUGGCCACAAGCUGCUACGAUGGUAUGUCCAAUUACCUCAACUUUAAUGAUCUGGAUGGCAUUUAUACCUACACCUAUGAGGCAGAGAAGUCGGACAGUUGCUUGGCGUGCAGCAAGACGCCACAGCUGUUGAACAUUGAGGAUGCCAACACCACAACGCUGGAGGAUGUCAUCAAGCAGUUGUGCGAGAUGCCGCGCUUUCAGCUCAAGAGUCCCGCCCUGACCACCGUCAUGGCCGAUGGCAAACAACGCACGCUCUAUAUGGCCAAUGUGGCAAGCAUUGAGCAGGCCACGCGCAAAAAUCUAACUCAAUCGCUGGGCGAAUUGGGACUGCAGGAUGGACAGCAGCUGACCAUAACGGAUGCUACAACACCCACGGCCCUGACGCUGCAGCUCAAAUAUCAAACGAAUGAAAUUGAAAUGUCCUAAAAUAAAGUAAACGUUUCUAAAAUGGAUAUG